AUGACAUCUACAUCCACAGCAACGCAGGUCAAGACCUCGGACCCGGUGACCCUUCAGGUUCCCGGAGCGCGCAAGGUGCCGGCCAAGAUCAACUACAUGUCGCGCACCGUCGAGAAGCCGUUCACAGCCCUGUACCAGCCUGCCGACGGCAAGCUCAACAACCACGUCUUCGACACGCCAACCAUCGAGAUCACUGAUCUGCGUGGCACCAGCCCUGCCGAUCGCGAGCGUGCCGGUUUCAAUGUCAGCAAUGCUGGCUUCGAGAUCGUCGAGGGUUUCGGCUUGCCAGACACCGCCAAGGCCUGGGGGAACCGAGAGUGGGAAGAUGAUGAGUGGCUCAAGUCGGUGUACUACGAGGACGUGGACCGCCUGUUCAAGGACAAGCUCGGCGUCACGUCAACCUUCAUCUUCGACCACACGGUUCGCAAACGACGCCCGAGAGAGGAGGAGGAUCUACCGGAAACACCUGAAACCCGCAAGCCCGUCGGCAUGGCACACUCGGAUCAAUCUCGGCUUGCGGGCGAAAACCGGAUCGAGAAGCACCUUGGCAAGGAGACGCUCGAGAAGGUCAAGAAAGGCGAGCUUCAUGCUCAGCUGAUCAACCUGUGGAGGGUGCUUCGGGGGAACGCUUGGGACAUGCCUCUGGCCUUUGCCGACAGCCGCACCGUCUCUAGAGGCGAGAAUGGCAAGCCCAAGGACUGGAUCGAGACCGAGUUGCGCUAUCCGACGUGGACAGGGCAGACCCUGUCGAUCUACAGCAACCCGGAUCAUCGAUGGUACUACAAGAGUGGACUCGAUGCUAGCGAAGCCAUCCUGCUCAAGUGCUACGACUCGGUGGACGAGACCAGGACGCCUCAUACGGCUUUCGAAGAUCCCACGACGCCCAAGGAUGCCGAACCUCGCUGGUCUGUCGAGGUACGCGUGCUCGCCAUCACCGAUCCUGCUCUGAAGAAGCAGUAG